GCUAGUUUUCAUUCAUAUUGACAGAACUUGCAGAGCCAUAUUUUGAUUAUCUACAAUCAAUACAUAGUCUAUUGAUUCCCAAAUUCUUUGCUACUCCCCUGGACUUCAACUCAAAGAAAAAACAAUCUCAGAAUAACUGAAGACAUCAAAACGUCUUCAAAACUCUCUAGCAACAAUGAAUAGACCAAGCUACAGACUCUCUCGGCUUGAAUGGCUCAACAAAAGAGGCUGGCCAACUUUCAAACACUUCAUGGUUACACAUAAAUACGAUCCAACAAGUGUGGCAGAUUACAUGAAAGCUGAAGAAGUCUUGUGCAAUUACAGAGGCAGCGACCCGCUUGCAGAUAAAGAGCUGCAGAAUUGGGGAGUUGAGGAGAAAGACGACGAGGAGCUGAAGGAUCUGGAGGAUGAAAGGGAAAAUGGCAUGGAUCAAGAACUGGAUGAGGAAUUUGAGAGGCUCCUUUGCGAGGCGAUGGCAGAAGACGAGGAUAUGGAUGAGGAUAUGAAGGAGAAAAAUGACGAUGGAGAUGGUGUCGGAGAGAAGAACGGGAAUAAUGAUCAAGAUAGAGACGAAAUCCUCAAUAUGAUGACCGACGAAAGCGACUGGGAGGACUAUGAAGAAGACGAAGACCCAGCCGGAUUGAGGGAAAGCAAUCUAAAAUGCUAUAUCGAAGUUUGCGACCAAGAAAAACUCGAAAAUAUUUACAGAAUCCGGAAUGAAGACGAAGGAAUCUAUGAGUGGCUUCUGAAGCGCGGAUGGUCUUGCCUUGAAGAAUAUAUGGACUAUCAUACUUUGGACUUCGCGAACGAUGAGGAUGUGGAAAAGGUUGGGGAUAUCAUCAAGAAGUCAAUUAAGGUUGAAGCGGAAAAGAAUCAUGUUGAGACUGAGGAGGACAUUGAAGAUAUAGGUGCGGAAGAUGAUGCAGAAUACGAAAACGAGCAAAGAGCCAUACGAGAAUCACUCAUCAGCGAAGGACUUGGAGAUGGGACAGAAUUUCCACGAAAUGUCAACCCGGCCGAGUUCAACGAAGAACAAACCACAGCGAGUCCUUCUGCGUCAGACAUAGCACAAAGCAUUAGAAAUAAUCGAGAAAUCGACCGCUGGUGUAUGGAGCAAGGAUUUAUAAAUCUGUUCAAUUAUAUCAUUGGGCAUGGGGGAGAUUAUUAUGACGAUGAACUCGUUUCCAUGUUAGGUCGCCAAUUCGAAGAGAUCAUUGAAGAAGGAAACCAGAAUGGGCGGGCGGUGAUGGAAGAGAUUUUCGAGGGACUGACGAUGUGUGAUAACCAAGAUCAAGGAUUGAAAGAAGAUUUCUACGACUGGCCGAUGGCAGAUAACGAGGAAAUGAAUCGACCUGAUAAUGAUGACGAUGAUGGUGAGAUGAUGUAUGGAUAUUUGUGAUGGCCACCAGCGGAAGUAAAGCAUUUUCAAGGUUAGCAUUCUGUAUAAAAUUGGGCUUGGUAUAUAGAUCAAGUGUGAGUAUUAAGUAAUGAAUGGACAAAAGAAGUUGGA